AUGGGAGCCGAUGGAGGAACUAUUCCGAAGCGGUAAGUGUUUAUUCUUGCAGAGAAAUAACUGAAAAUAUCUGAAAAUAGGGCUAAAAAUCGAGAGCUGAAUAAAAACUAGAAUUGGCCGAAGAAUCGUGUUUUUGUGCACUUUUCCUGUGGAAUCGGUUACGAAGACGUUCAAAAGAUGCGUAGAGACGUGUAUUCAGUCUAAAUUUAUCAGAUAAAAAAGAGAAAUAAAUAUUCAAAACACCAUAUUAUCGAAUUUUUAUUCUUGAAUCAUUUCAGCUGCGAACUCGUCAAGAAGAAGAAGAAGCAGGAGAAACUCGACAAGCACGUGAAAAAUGCGACGAAGUGGCGCAAUUGUCAACUGACGCAGCUGCCGCUCAAGAAGCCGGUGAUUGCGUGUCGAUUCGGCAAGCUCUACAACAAGGAGGACGUCAUCAACGCAAUCCUCAACAAGACUAUCGGCAAAUCGGCGUCCGCCUCGCACAUCAAGGGUCCGCGCGACUUUGUCGAGCUGAAACUCACCGACAACAAGGACUUCAAACGAGGAAACGUCAAAGGCGACGACUACGACGACGUCAAUCAGACCGAGUUCAUUUGUCCGAUCACGAACGUGCCGAUGAACGGAAUCCACAGUUUCCUCGUCAAUUGGGCCUGCGGAUGCGUGUAUUCGGAGAAGGCGCAGCAGGAGGUCAAGUCGGAGAAUUGCCACGUGUGCGGAGGGCCGUACGACGCCACGCGCGCCGUGAUUCUGAAUCCGGAGCCCGAGCAGCUCGAACUCUAUCGUCUCAAGUGGGAGGCCGAAAAAGCGGAGAAAGCGGCGGCGAAGGCGAGCAAGAAAGCGGACGCGGCGGCUUCUGCUUCCGAUUCUGGAGCCGGACCAUCGACGUCGGCGGCGGCAACCAUCAAACAUGGUCAGUUUCAUAGGUGUUUUGAGUUUUUACCCGGACUGUAACAGGUUGCCAAGUUGCUUCAACUGUCUAGUUUACUUUUAUGGGUCAUUUUCGUUCAGUUUCCACUCAUUCGAACCCACUUGACUAUCUGAUACGAGCACUAGAAUCACUAACGCCUUUUUUGCAGGAGAAAAGAAGAAAUUGGAGAUUGCGAAGCUCUCCGGCUCGACGACGGACAAAAAGGCCGAGAAACGGAAGGCGCCGGUCGAUAUCCAGUCGGAUCCGACCAAAUCCGACACGUACAAGAAGCUGUUCACCACGUGCGAAGCGGCGAAAAAUAAGACCGAAGGCCAUUGGGUCACCUAUAAUCCACUUUAUUACUGA